AUGGAAGGUGCAAAACAAGGCAUUGUCGUAGCUGGUGGUCAAGGACAAGGAAAUGGUCUUACACAAUUGUCAAAUCCGUACGGAGUCGUUGUCGAUCAGUUGGGCACUGUCUAUGUGACUGAUAUGGGGAAUAAUCGAAUCAUGCGUUGGCCCAAAGGAGCCACACAAGGAAGUGUCAUUGUUGAUGGAAACAACAAAGGAGAACAAUUGAGCCAACUCAAUAGGCCCGCUGGUUUGUCAUUCGAUCGACACGGCAAUCUCUAUGUCGUUAAUUUAGGAAAUGAUAGAGUGCAAAAAUUCAACAUCGAAUCCAAUAAGUGAAGGACUAGGAAGUCAAAAAUAUUUGUUUCUAUAUUGUAAACCUUCUAACCACUGUAUACCGGUAAGCGGCGCCGUAAUUUUUGGAUUCCUUGAAAAAUUAUAAUAAAAUAUACCCCACUUAUAAACAAAGUAUCUGACCAUAUCCAGUAAUCCGGGACGCCAUUUGCACACAAGGAUUCUGAAACCUUGAAAAAUUUCAAAAUAUUCUAUUCAUUAAAAAUGAAUAAAAGUGAUUAAGAAGCUUCGUUUUUAAAGGUUCCUGAUACUUUCUGACACAGUUCAAUGCUCAAAAAGCCAAUCGUUCUCUGGAAAUCCUUGGUUUUUCCAUUAAUCUUGACCGAACAAAAUGCGAUGGAAUCCUUCAAAUCCUUGAAUUUCUUCACUUUAUCACCGUUUCUGACCGGUUAAAGCGCCAAGGAAUCUUUGGAAUCCUGGUUUUUCUUUUGUUUCCGACAACUCCUGAUUAUUCAAAGCGCUAGGCAAUCCUUGAAUUCCUUAGCUUUCCGUCAAUUCUACAUUGUCCCUAGUGUGAGCGAAUUCUUAGAACUCAUAAAUUCCUUGGAUUCUUUAGCUUCCCGAUCGUUUCUCAUGAUUGCAAGGGCUAAAGAAUCCUUGGAUUCCAGACCACUCUUAACUGUCCCAAGUGUUGGGAAAUAAUUGGAUUUUUUUGAGUCCUUCGUUCCCAGUCAUUCUAAACUGUGUCAACUAGCAAGGAAUCCUUGAGAUCCUUGGAUUCGUUAGCUUUCUCACUAUUCAUCAAUGUCCCAAGUGUUAUAAUAUCCUUGGAAUCCCUGCACCGGUUAGCUUUUCCACAACUUCUCACUUCAGAAAGAGUUAGGAAAUCCUUGGAUUUCUUGAAGUCUUUAGCUUCUCAGCAGCUUUAUCGGUCAUAAGUGGCGGAGAAUCCUUGCGUUCCUUGGACCUUUUAACUUUCUCGGGACUCCUCACUGUAGACAGUGGUAGGAAAUCCUUGUGAUCUUUAUUCCUUAGCCUCUCGAUCAUUCUUGAGUAUGACAAGUAGCACAGAGCUGUUAAAUUUUUUAGGUUUUCCAACAAUCUUCAGUGUUCCGAAUGCUAUGGAAUCCUUGGAUUGCUUAGAUUCCUUAGCAUUCCAAUCAUCCUGGGCCGCCACAAGUUGCAGGGAAUCCUUGAUAUCCUUGAAUUCCUUUGU